AUGUCAUCAACCUCUAAUCAUCCGAUUAAUCCUCCUCCUCCUCCCACAAACCUCAAUUGCCACCGCCGCCACCGUCGCAAGAAGAAAAACACUCACCCCAUCCUCGAUAAUCCCGAUCCCGACCCGCAUUCCGAACCCGAAUCCUCCCACCCUCCACCACCAGCCGCACCAGAACCCGAACCCGAACCCAAACCCCAAACCGAACCAUCACCGUCGUCGCCAUUGCCGAUCGAUGACCCUCACGUUCGGAUCGCGAUGUACGUGGCGAUGGCCCACGCGGGCCUCGCCUUCUCGCUGGCCCUCCUCUACGGCGUCACAAAGCUCCUCCAAGGCUACUGGCGGCCGAUCCACUGGGCGAUCCUCUGCUCGAUGCCUCUCCGCGAGCUCCACACCGCCCUCGUCUCCUUCUGGUCCCACUCCCUCAACCUUGGCCUAUUCGAAACCCUAAUUGCCAUCCCGAUCGCCGCCCUCCGCGCCACCACCGCCUCCCUCAGUCGAUUCCCACACCGCCAUCCAGUGCUGCCUCCUUCGCCGCCGCCCCAACUGCAGAAAGAGGCAGAUCAGAUUCUCCAAGCUCGUUCAAUGGAUCAUCUCUUUCGCUCUCUUCGUCAUCGCGUCGCCACCACUCUCUCCGCCAUCUCCUCUGUUCGCCGCAGAGGCAGAUUAAAAUUCAAAAAUACCAAUAAUACUAACAGCAAUAGUAACUCCCCCGCUAAUUUUGGCGGGAAAAUUAGCCGGUGCAUAACGAGCAUGAUGCUCAACAGGUUGAAGACGGCGGUGGCGAUUGGCCUGAUCACGGUGAUGAUCGUGGGAUCUGUGUUGGGAUUCUUUUUCUUUUCGUAUAAGAUCGCAAUUGAAGGGAAAGGAGCUGUGAUUUCACUCAAAGCACAUUUGGAAGAGAUGAAUUACGAUUACGCCGGGAGGGUCGGAUUAAAGAAAUGGAUGAAUGCAAAUCAGGUUCCGGAAUUGAUCGACGAUUACGCCACCAAGUUCUUCGAAACUGUUUCGCAGAACAUCGAUUCUCUGGCGGCGCAUUACAAUGUGACGGAGGUUGUUGACAGUGUUAGGCAUUACUUGAGUACAAAUCAGGAUCAGAUUCAUAAUCCCAUGUCGAAUAGUAAUGAAUCGGGCCGCAAUUUUUCGAGUAGUAUUAGUACUAAUGGUGAUGAUCAGCCUAAUUUUUCGGAGAAGUUUCGUGGCAUUCAAUCCCGGGUGAGGAACAGAGAAUGGGGCGUGAUCCUAUAG